CUAUAUAUUUUAAUGAACCACUGCUCCCUAUAACCAAACCCAGACCAGUAGCAGAGAGAUGUAACCAAAAAUCAGCUUCAGUUUCAGUUUUCACCUUCCUGUCUCUCUUGUCUAGGAAUAACUAGUUCCUGCUACUUAAUUUGUUCCUAAUAUGUCGAUGCCACAAACGAAUCUUCAAGCAGCCAUGAACGCAAGAAUACUUGGGUCUGGGUCCGAGACAAUGGUUCUUGCUCACGGAUUUGGAGGAGACCAGUCUCUCUGGGACAAAAUCCUUCCUUACUUGACGAAACAUUACCAGGUUCUCGUUUUCGACUGGCCCUUUUCUGGAGCUGUAAAAGAUCCCAACCUCUAUGAUCCUUUGAAAUACUCGUCGUUCGAUGCCUUUGUUAACGACUUAAUAGCUCUAAUGGAUGAGCUUCACUUGACAUCCUCAGUCUUUGUCGGUCAUUCCAUGUCUGGUAUGAUCGGAUGCAUUGCUUCCAUUAAAAAACCACAACUUUUUAACAGGCUCAUACUAGUUGGAGCAUCUCCUAGGUACAUUAAUAUAGACGAUUAUGAAGGUGGGUUUGAUGCUGCAGCAGUUGCCGACAUGCUCACCAGCAUAGAAUCAGACUAUGAGAAUUGGACAACUAGUUUCGCCAAGCUUCUUGUGGACAACAAUGAUCCACACUCCGUUGAACACUACUUAAAAUGCUUGAAGAGUACGAACCAAGAAUUUGUGCUCCCAUUAGCCAAGACGGUGUUCCACAGCGACGAGAGGGAAACUCUGGAGAAGGUUACCAUUCCCUGCACCAUUAUUCAGACAAAUGACCUUGUGGUUCCAGAUUCUGUCGCCUACUACAUGCAGAAGAAGAUCAAAGGGGAGACAACAGUGGAGAUCGUCAAGGCUGAUAGGCAUUAUCCUCAAUUGACUGCACCUCUUGACUUCCUUCAUGUGCUGGCUCGAGUUUUGGGCUUUCAGAUUUGAACAGAAAAUAUUAAUAUGAAAAUUAAAAUCAAAUAUAAUAUA